AUGAUGCCCCGCCUUUUCACCAGAUCCCGAAUUGCAGGGAAACUGCCGAGUUUCGUCUCCAUGUUGAGAAGAGCUCACAGUAGCACUUCACUCCCGACUGAUUGGAAUUCCCGUCCCGAGUUCUUCAAAUUCACAGCCGCUAGAUGGGUGUGCAAUGAGGAGCAUGAAACGGCAAUGCGACACGUUCCUUUCGACAUGAAUGAACUGGCCAAGCUGGCUGCGCAGUCUGUCGGCGCAGCGAGAUGCGUGAAUGUCGAGCAAAUGGGUCAAGGUUUGUUCUGCAAGCCGUUCAUAUUCACGAUGGAAGAUGGUUCCCAAGUCGUGGGCAAGGUACCCACCCGAAAUGCAGGUCUGCCACAUUUCAUGACGGCAAGUGAAGUGGCCACAAUGGAUUUUGUAAGAUCCCUGACCAGCGUUCUGAGCCUAUAUGCUGAUCUCAUUGUUUACUCCCAGGCUAGAAACGUCCUUGGUACUCCGGCACCAAAAGUCCUUGCUUGGAGUUCCAGGGCAAGUGAGAGCCCCAUCGGUGCCGAGUUCAUCCUCAUGGAGGUAGCCCGAGGAAUCCCACUUGCUGUUGUAUGGGAUAAGAUGGGCAUCGAGGCCAAAUGCAAACUUAUUGUAAGCCUCGGCAAGAUUCAAAAUGCCUGGGCCUCCACCAGAUUUUCUCGGUACGGAUCCCUGUACUACGCAUAUGAUCUUGAUCACUCGCAACCAUGUCUUCUCACAAAACGGGACGGCUCUCGGGUAGAAGAGCCUCGCUUCGCUGUUGGACCCUCCAACGCCCGAUCUCUGCUUGAUGAUGGAAGAAUCAAUGUGAAAUUUGAUCGUGGCCCAUGGGACACAGUCGAGCAAUACAAGCGAGCAGUCGGCUAUCGAGAAAUCUCUUGCAUACAGCAAAUGGCUGAGCUUCCUCCAGUGGCUGUGGGCCUUUAUGGGCCACGCACAUACACUCGAUCUCGACCCAAGAAACUGGCCGCAUUGGAUUACUAUCUUCAGCUGGUCAAUCAUCUUCUACCGACUGACCCGUCAAUCUCAGCAUCCUUCCUUUGGCACAACGACCUUCAUUAUCAAAACAUCUUCGUCGACCUUGAAAAGCCGUGGGAAAUAUCGAGUAUUAUUGACUGGCAAUCCAGCGAUCUUCGCCCUCUUUUUGACCACGUUCAGAAGCCCUUUUUCCUGGACCAUGAAGGUCCACCUCUCAAACUUCGUGAACGGCCAAAGUGGCCAGAGAAUUUCAGCGAAAUGUCACCAGAGGCUCAAAAGGAAGCAGAAAAUCUCCACUACCUGAUGGAAAUGUCCGCUUAA